GAUGAUGUCACGCCCUUUUUUCCCUGUAAGAGGCGUACCAGGUACCAUACCAAGAGUCCCCGGAAACUGCGGCCAUAAAAUAAAGGUUCCGAGUUGUCAUUUGGAUCACCAUGGACACUAAAUGCUGCGGAGCGGAACCAGUGCGGGUGUCAGAGGCUUUGCGGGCAUUGAGUAAUGCAGUCCAGGGUUCGGGGGUGCCCCCUACAGUCUGGUUUAAAGAGAGCAGCCCAAGAAACCUGAAGAGCAGAGACUUUCUGGUGCCAAGAGGGGCCCUAAAGAAACUAUUCCCGGAUGGAGAGGUUCCUGAGGAUCUACUAAAUACACUGAAGUCACUGAAUUCCCCAGGAAUGCCCCCGAUCCGCAGCUCCUUGCAAAGUGAAGCUGGACUUGUCAUACAACUGGACAGACCUGCUGUUUUCCAACGCCUCCUCACAGACUAUUCCCCGUAUCUCAGACCUGCACCCUCAGAUGUGCCCGGUGGACAGAACGUAGUAAUACUGAACUGUAGCCCACUGCAUGCCUGCCGGAAUCUGGAUUCAUUAAGAUUGAGCCAUUUAAGAGCUGCCUUGAUCACUGAUCACCUGGCUGAGCUGCUCAGACUUACAGGAGCUACAGUCCAGCUGAUCCCUGCUGUGCAGAACCAAGAUAUUAAAAACUUCUUGCACCAGUUGGGUGUAUCAUGGCCUUCAGUAUCUGAGGCGACCUCUGUUGGGGAGACAGUUUCAGCUUUUAAGCAAAGCCUGAAGGAAUGUAUUUAUGUCAACUGCAAUGAUGGAGAACAACAGGAACUUCAGGAUGAGACGCCACGUGUCCUUUUUAACAUGCACCUAAGACCAUUUAUUGAGGAGCAGCAUUUGUCUCAGCAGGGGUAUGACCCAAACCUGGAUGCUUUCCUUGUGAGUGAGGAAGACCUGGAGCAUGUAGCAUGGCUGCAGACGUGUGUUCAGGAGUGCCAGGAGGAGGCAGCACACUGCACCGUGCUACACGUGGUGAGCUGUGAGGAUGAGUUCCACCAGCAGAAGCUGGACUUACUCUGGAGGAUACUGGAUCCUGGAGCAACCACACAGAAACAUCUCAUCUGCGGACCAGUCAGAGUGCUGAACCCGUUGUCACCUGUCAGCUGCGCCCAAUACUUCCAUAUUCGGAAAUCACAGAUGCAGGAAGCCUCUGUCAUGAAAUAUGGAGAUAGUGUUCAAGGGAACAGGUGGGAUGAAAUUAUCACAUGUCUGGCAUCGGCAGCCAUCAAGUUUGAGAUGAUGUCUACAGCGCAUCGCAGUCAGGUAACACUGGACUUGGAAGAUACCAAUAUCACUACAAAGGGGACAAAAAGCGGAGCGUUUGUAAUGUAUAACUGUGCUCGACUCGCCACCAUGUUUGAAAGUUACAGCUCGGCAGUACAGAAAGGUUUGUACCCAGAAUUCCCAUCAGUUGGAGACCUGAACUACUCUACACUAAGGGAAGAGGGAGAAUGGCUCCUUCUCUUUAAUUACAUCCUGCCGUUCCCUGAGGUUCUCGCUCAGUCUGUGCAGAUAUCAUUAUCUUCCCGGGGGAUCCGCGUCACAGCAAACACAGAGGCGGUGUGCAAAUUCCUUGUCAACCUCAGCAUGGACUUCAGCUCCUACUAUAACAGGGUGCAUAUUUUAGGGGAACCCCUGAGCCAUUUGUUUGGCCAGAUGUUUGCCCGUUUGCAGCUGAUGAAGGCCAUUCAGAGCGUGCUGCAUUCUGCCCUGGACACACUGCACAUCCUGCCGCUGAACCAAAUCUGACAGAAUUCUGAGAAGGACAAAGCGGAAUAUGAAGUUUCAGACUAUGCAUUGAUGAGGGUGAACCAUGUUGUUUACAGUCCAACCUUGUGGCCCCCCAGUUGCUGCUGCUGAACUGUUCUGGUUUCUCCCAACAGCCUGGAGAUGCCAUGAGAUGUUAUUCAGCUGGAGGGCUGCAGGUUGCACAGCCCUGAUUUACCGGUUAAAUGUUAUGUGCCAUAGAAACAGGGACCACAUUAUAAUUUAAAGGGAUAUUUCCUGGCUUCUCUGCCAGGCCGAGUUAAUGGUUGUGGAUGAUUAGAGUUUAGGGGAGUAGCUCUUGUACAUAACUGAAUCUGUUUAUUGACCAUUGCAUGAGAAAGUUCCAGAAUGGAACAUGUAACAGUUAAUGCCCUUCGUACCCUCCCAGAGAAUGUAGAGCCUGGUGCAACCCAGCAUGUUCAAAGCGUUGCCCUGUUAGCAGGCAUCCCUCUACUGAAUACGCUCAAUAAAAUGCACUGUUAUAAUAAGA